UCAUCCUAGAUACUUGACCAAAAAUAACACUGAGACCUACUCAGAGUUGAGAUCAGUAACACCCAUCACAUCACAGGCUGGCACGUGAGAUAUCAAGUCUUUUAAAAAUUGAGCAUUUGCAUUUUCCGGUCAAUACUUAUACUACGGUACGUCUGCUGCACUGUGCCUCAAGUAUUGAUUCAACUCUGAUAAGCUGAGCUUUGUGGAGAAUACUUUCUGUGUGCAAUGUCAGAGGGAUAUGAACUGUACUAUUGGCCUUUCGCUGGGCGUGGGGAGUUCAUCCGCUUGAUAUUCGAGGAUGCAGGAGUGCCUUUCAAAGAUAUUUCUGAUAGACCCACUCUCCUGGAACUAAAAGAGGGACGAGAUGGCUUUUAUCCAGGGUUCGCUCCACCAUAUUUAAGGAAAGGCAACUUCACACUGAACCAGACCCCGGUGAUCUGCCGCUAUCUCGGGAAAGAGUAUGGGUACUGGCCAGAGAAGGAAGAGGAUCAUUGGCAUGCUGAACAGGUGAAUGCCACCAUUCACGACUUCAUUGCCGAGGGUCGUCUAGUCUUCCAUGGGGUAGGCUUCGUUAAAUCAUACUAUGACCAGGUAGAGGAAACCAAGCCUUACAUCGCGUGGUUCAAGAAAGAGAGGUUUGCAAAGUGGCUCGGAUUGUUUGAAAGGAACCUGGCAGCCAAUCAUGGAGGAACCGGUUUCGUAGUUGGCGAUAAGUGCACAUAUGUUGACCUGGCUCUUCUGCAUGUUCUUCGGGCCGCAGCGUCUCAGUUCCCAGAUGAGUGGGCAGCCAUUGACACAGUGCCACUGCUUAAAGCAUUUAAACUGAGGAUGGAAGAGAGACCAAGGCUAGCAGCUUAUUUCAAAUCUGAUAGAUGCCGACCGUUCGAAGGCAGCAGCAUGAUGUGAGAGGUAGUGGUGGAGAAAGCACAGACAAUUAUAUGGAAGUUUUGCUAUCCUAUACAGAGAACGGAUCAACCGAGAAUGAGCCAUUUAUCAGUGUGACAUCAUAAAUUCUAUGGCAUGCUGUCUUGAGAGGGAAAUCAGAUUAUGUGAAUCAGGUCUUGAUACUGGUUGCCCAUCUAAGAUUGAGAAUAACAUUCAAAAUGGCAAAGGUGGAGGAUACAAUACAAUUCUAAUUACUAGUGAAUGCACUCUUUCACAAGAUUCUCUUUUCCAAUCAUGGCCAAAGAGUAAAACUGAGAUCAAAUGACAGUCAUAAUUUCCUCCCUCUAUCCCCAGAUGAAAUGUCUCAAUGUAAUUCUAAGAUGGUCCCUUAGCUUGAACCGAAUAACAUAUCCAACAAGCAGAAUAUAUCUCCGUAUCGCGUAUCAUAGUUUCAGCGGCAAUAGUUUGACUUCUCAUAAUCUCUCUACCCUCAUUCCACAUGGAAAAAGAACGGCUACCAAAAUAUUUUUGUAGAGGAAAUGAUAUCCAACCUUCCUUUCAUGUUUAACAUGUUCAACAGCAUAUUCACCCAUCAGGUUUUUGGUCCGAUUAAUACAAGAUUUGGUCCUACACUGAAAGGUUCUCAGUGACUGCUCCUAAAUUCUGGAUUAUCUCCUUUCAGAAAUAAGAUCCAUCGGGGCCAUCAAUUCAUUCACAUCAGCCCUAAAAUUUAUGAUAUGAUUCGAUCUUUGAGAUCAAUUUUUACAUGUACUUGAUAAAAUAAAUAAAACCUUACUUCUCCAGCUGUCUGUUUA